AUGGCUCAGUUCCAAGACCUCACCCGCCGCCUCCUCGCUGCCGGUGGUGCUAUGGACCCGGAGGGCAAAAGCAUGUUCCUCCUCUACACAGACCGCUCCUCCCUCGUAUCCAAACACUGGACGGGCGAGACCUUCGGUGACCAAGACGUUGUCGCUACCUCCAUCCGCGCGAAUUCCACUGCCUCUUACCUCUUUUCCCCGAACUCCCGUCGCAUCAUCUGCAUCUCUGCCGCCUCUGCCAUUCGCUCGCUCACCUUCAACGAGGACGAAGAGGAGUGGGUCGACGACGCUAUCCCUCGUCACGAUGUCCACCCCGAGGGCAAGCUUGCCACAGCCUUUGGCGCGGACCAUCGCGCAUACGUAUUUUUCCAGAACCCGGCGGGGCAGCUGGUCCAGCUUGACGAUAGAUGGAACCCCACCAUCCUCCCUGCAGAUCCCGUAGUGGGUAGCCCUCUUGCGACCACGGUUGGGGAGAAGAUCCACCUCUUCUACCUUUCGACCAAGGACAACUGUAUCCACUACGUAGUCCAAGGAGACGAAGGGAGCUGGAGCGACAAGGUCGUGUCCAAAGCUGCACUCGAGGGGAAGGUGAAGCGGUUUUCGGUGGGGAAGAACGAGGAGACCGGUGUCUUCGAGGUAUAUGUGCUGACAGAGAAGAAUGGCUUGCUGCAGAUCGUGGGCGACGAGGAUGGGAAAGCCAAUGCGAGCGCAGAGAAGACGGUCUUAGGGAAGGUGGACGAGAACGAGCAAAAGCGGGCAAUGCGGUACGGGCGUCCGGACAACUCGUCUUGCCCCGGCGAGGCCUUGACCAAGGUGCAGUUCCAAUCGAACACCUCGAGCACGCUGCACCACGUCGUCGCUGAUUGA